CUGGCACUGCUGGCUCUCUGCCGCGCCGCCCCGCUGCACAGCAAGCCUCAAGCGGUCAUCACCUUCCCAGGGGAGCUGCUCAGCGCCCCAUCAGACGUGGAGCUGGCGGAGAGCUAUCUGCUGCGCUUCGGCUACAUCCAGGAGGCAGAGGCAAAGAGGAGCAGCAAGCACGUGUCCCUGGCCAAAGCGCUGCGCAGGAUGCAGAAGCAACUGGGGCUGGAGGAGACAGGGGAGCUGGAUGCCAGCACCCUGGAAGCCAUGCGAGCCCCCCGCUGUGGGGUGCCUGAUGUGGGGGGUUUCCUCACCUUCGAGGGGGAGCUCAAAUGGGACCAUAUGGACCUCACGUACCGGGUGAUGAACUACUCCCCCGACCUGGACCGUGCUGUGAUAGAUGAUGCCUUCCAGCGGGCGUUCAAGGUGUGGAGUGAUGUCACUCCCCUCACCUUCACCCAGAUUUACAGCGGCGAGGCUGACAUCAUGAUCAUGUUCGGCAGCCAAGAGCAUGGUGAUGGAUACCCCUUUGAUGGCAAGGACGGGCUCCUGGCCCACGCCUUUCCCCCGGGGAACGGGAUUCAGGGCGAUGCCCACUUCGAUGAUGAUGAGUUCUGGACUCUGGGAACUGGCUUGGAGGUGAAGACCCGCUAUGGGAAUGCCAAUGGGGCCAGCUGCCACUUCCCUUUCAUCUUUGAGGGCCAAUCCUACUCCCGGUGCAUCACAGAAGGCCGCACAGACGGGAUGCUGUGGUGUGCCACCACCGCCAGCUACGAUGCUGACAAGACUUACGGCUUCUGCCCCAGCGAGCUGCUCUACACCAAUGGUGGCAACAGCGAUGGGUCUCCCUGCGUCUUCCCCUUCAUCUUUGAUGGCACCUCCUAUGACACCUGCACCACGGACGGUCGCUCUGACGGCUACCGCUGGUGUGCCACCACAGCCAACUUUGACCAGGACAAGAAAUAUGGCUUCUGCCCCAACCGAGACACGGCAGUCAUCGGUGGCAACUCCCAAGGGGACCCGUGUGUCUUCCCCUUCACCUUCCUGGGGCAGUCCUACAGCACGUGCACCAGUCAGGGCCGGCAGGAUGGGAAGCUCUGGUGUGCCACCACCAGCAACUACGACACCGACAAGAAGUGGGGCUUCUGCCCGGACAGAGGUUACAGCAUCUUCCUGGUGGCUGCCCACGAGUUUGGGCACUCUCUGGGGCUGGACCACUCCAGUGUGCGUGAGGCAUUGAUGUACCCCAUGUACAGCUACGUCCAGGACUUCCAGCUGCAUGAGGAUGAUGUCCAGGGCAUCCAGUACCUCUAUGGUCGUGGCUCUGGCCCUGAGCCCACCCCCCCAGCACCUUUGCCCACCGAGGAGCCCCAGCCCAUGCCCACCGAAGCUGGCAGUGCCUCCACCACAGAAGAGGAGGAGGAGGAGACGCCGGAGCCCACAGCUGAGCCCAGCCCCGUGGACCCCAGCCGGGAUGCCUGCAAAGAGAAGAACUUCGAUGCCAUCACUGAAAUCAAUGGAGAGCUGCACUUCUUCAAGAAUGGGAAAUACUGGACCCACUCGUCCUUCUGGAAAUCAGGCACUCAGGGCGCCUUCUCUAUUGCUGACUCCUGGCCCGGCCUCCCGGCUGUCAUCGAUGCUGCGUUCCAAGAUGUGCUCACCAAGAGGGUUUUCUUCUUUGCAGGGCGGCAGUUCUGGGUGUUCUCUGGCAAGAAUGCAGUGGGCCCCCGUGGGAUUGAGAAGUUGGGCAUUGGGAAGGAGGCCGGGCGCAUCACAGGGGCCCUGCAGCGGGGACGUGGCAAAGUGCUGCUCUUCAGUGGGGAGCACUACUGGAGGCUGGACGUGAAGGUCCAGACAGUGGAUAAAGGCUACCCUCGUGCCACUGAUGAUGUCUUUACCGGUGUCCCCCUUGAUGCACGUAAUGUCUUCCUGUACCAAGACAAGUACCACUUCUGCCGGGACAGCUUCUACUGGAGGAUGACCCCACGUUACCAGGUGGACCGCGUGGGCUACAUCAUAUAUGACCUCCUGCAGUGCCCCCAGCACUAGGAGCAGAGCAGCUGCUCUGGUGUCACACUCCUGCCUGCUGCUCCAGCCGGUCCCCCUACAGCCCAGGAGUGCUGUGGGGCAGCCGUGGGUCAGCUGUGGGGUUGCCCCCCUGCCGUGCCAGGGCUUGUAGUCUCCCUACAGGGAGGAUGGGGGCAAGUGCUCCUGGCUCCCACCAGGGGCUGCCCAUCUGGGGAGUGCGACUCGCGCCAGUUCUGCUGCCCAGAGACGUUAGCCCGGUGCAAACUGCACACGGAUUUGUAAUGACUUUGUUUUCUCCUG